GAAGCUUUGUCCUUAUUUUAAUUAAUAACUUGUGCUGUACUGAUUUGCUGAAGACUCAUUAUCCGCACAGAUCCUUUUCGUUGUCACCCAUGGCGGUCUCAUCCAUCUUCAGUCUACUGUCCUUCUCCCCCUCCCACCCGCCAUCACUCAGAGCAUCUCUCUCCCCCUACCACUCCUCUCCUGUAUACAAUACAGCCAAGGACGGAUGGGCCCAACCAGUGAAAACCUCCGUUCAUCAACGGUGUACGUCACCGCUGCACUCGUCUCCGUCUGACAAUUUCGACCUCGCGCCCGCGGUCUUCCCCUCCCUGACGCACCCCAACACACCUUACUCAUCGGCUUACAAUGCGGAAGUGAUUGUGGAGGAGAACGAACCAGAGGAGAGGCUGAUCAACCGCUUCCGCAGAGAAGUGAUGAAAACUGGUCUGAUUUAUGAGUGCAGGCGCAGGAGGUUCUUCGAGAACAAGCAGGAGGAGAAGAAGCGCAAGUCACGCGAAGCUGCCAAGCGCAACAGUCGAAGUGGUGAAGAGAGAAGUGGAAAAUUGGGGGUCUGGGUGACUCAGAGCGGAGGAGUUUCUUCGAUGAUAAGCGAGAGGACUUUACGAACAAAAAUGAGAGGGCCAGGGUUAAGGAAGAGGAAGAAGAUAACUGGGAACUACCUGAAGGAGACCUGGUAUAUUGAUUCGAUUUCUUCUCCAUUGAUUCUAAUUUAGGAUCUUUGCUUUUGAAGAGGGACGAGGGUAUGAAUGUAUGAUGCCAUGUGCGUUUCCAGAUGCACUUGACCCUUCUUUUUUCCUGGGAUUUCUUCAUGCAUAUUUAACUGGUUGCUUUCAAAUUCAAUGUAUAUAUAUACGUGAUUGAGUUGUUGGACAUAUUUAAAAUUGCAGAGAUUGGUGUCUGCGUGACUGUGUGUGGCUGUAAAUGAAACAAACUCGAUUCCUUUUUAAAUUCGUGUCACAUGAACCUAACUUUUGUCAUCCAUUUUAAUUCACUGAUCUUCGUUGCA